AUGAAGUUAAUCACACUUUUAGGAUUACUUCCAUUCACAUUAGCAAGAACUUUUCAUAUAGCAACUAAUCAAAAUGUUGCGUGUUUAGAAAUAAAAGCUCCUACAGCUAUUUCAUUGACUAAAACAAUUGGUACAGCUAGUGGAGAAAAUCCACCAGUAUUGAUAUUUAAUUAUGACGAGAAACUUCUUUUACCAAUUCCUAAUUUCGACUAUUUGGUGACUGAUGGUAAAAUUGACGAUUAUUUCAAUGAAGAAGGAUUCACGUUUGCCAAAGGAUUCAUUGGAUCUUCCUAUAAUGAUAUUUUGAUUGAUAAAUUGACGUACGAUGUUACAACUCCAGGUACUUAUUGUAUAUAUUCUCCUUUAAUUGAUGGCUACGAAUAUCGCGUUGAUGUUGAAGAAUCAUCAAUCCAGUUUGAUAAUGUUGUUUUUUGUGUUGUUAAUAUUAUUGUUAAUUUAUUCUAUAACCAAUUUUUCAGUCGUCAAAAUAAAGUGCUAUUCAAACUAAUUGGUAAAUUUGAAUUAAUAAAAGUGGGCAUAUUUGCUGUUUCUUUAUUGCUUUCAUUGAGAUUCAAUAUAAUAAAUUACACCGAGGAUAUUGUGUCUGCUGUCGAUGAUGUAUUUACUAUGGUAUUUUUGAUGGGGUAUGGAACACUUUAUUCCAGUUAUAAAGACCAAGAUAUUGGAAAAAUUGUUAUUGUUACAUUAUUCACCGUUACACCAGCCAUCGCCUCCCGUUUUUUUGACCUAAAACUGGAUGUUACGAAUUUGGUAAUCAAUAACGAAUACUAUAACGUUGUUGAUGGUGUUCUAGGGUCAGGAAAAUUUGAUGGAUUGAGUGUAGUACAAAGAAUAGUAAGAGACGUCAAAGCUCACAGGUUUAGUGCUGCAGUGGCUGCAUUAUUUGGAGUCAGUAAACUUGUUAAAUUUACCAUGUACAUAACUACAAUCAGACAAACAUUGAACAAAUUGACUCCUGGUGGAACAAAAUCUGGAUACAUUUAUACAGUUGUAUUGUGGUUAUUUGUUUAUCCAUUUGCUAGCUUUGCCUUUUAUCCUGAUUUGGUAUAUAAUUACUACUUGGUUACUGACUAUGGUCUGGUCCUAAAACAAUUUUUACUCGAGAGUGUUAGAGACAAAUAUAUAGUCCUAAUGGCAGAUGAAUGUCAUUGGGUUCUUAUCUUUUUGAUUUGGUUUGUUGGCAAUAAUGGAUUGACAGUAGAGCCCACUAGUCUGAAGAAAGAUGAGUAA